AUGGACUAUACCCCCUCAACAGCCUGGCACCUUCAGAUCGGUCCUCUGUCGUCCACCUGUCGGCAGUUCGACGACGACGCUGUGGUGGCUGCCAGUCGGAUGUGGUUUCGCGACGCUGACAGGUUCAUCAAAUGCCAGAAAAUGUCUAGUUCAACAAGGUCAGUGAGUUCAAAUGGCCAUGCAGCAAGAGACUCCGAUCUAGAUUUCACUAGAGACAUAAGUGAGAAAAUGCAAGUCCCCAAGCGCAUUUCUUUUUAUGGCAGUGAAGCUAGUGACUUGAUUCAGAAUCCUAUAGGCCCCACACAUGUCCCAAACAUGAUUGUACCAGACAGAAUAUUAUUGGCUGGGGAAGAGCACACUAUCGGUGUGAAGGGGCCACCAAGGGAGCUUCAGUUGGAAUCAGCCAUCUUCCCUUCAGGGUCUCCAGACCAUGUGAGCAUCCCUACACCGCCUCGAGUCAUCAUGCUGUCAGAACACACCUUCCCCAGUGUCGAUGAUGAGCCCGAGCCUAAGCUUGACCAGUAUGAACAUACAAAAUCUAGGAAUAAUCCUAUAGCAACCCCAAGCCAAAGUGGAACUCCAAGGCCUCUGGGAACCAUAUCAUCCAUUGAAGAGCUUCAACUUCUCCGUCAUCAGGUAUCAAGACUCAAUCGCAGGGUUCUUGCUUUGGAGACUGAUAGUGCCCAGCGCCAGCAGCGUGAAUUACUCCUUGGACUCUUGACUGCUGGAUAUUUUGUCCUGAAGAUUAUCAAAUGGUUUAGGCAUGAUUGA